CUUCCCUAAAUGUGAUCCUUAGCUUUAUAAUCACCUGCUUUAAAGCUAAAAGGACACCCAUAGCAGUUAAACCCACGGGUUAGUGUGGCAAGUGUGAUGGCAUUUCAUGGUAAUUCAAACUCACUUUCACACCAAACACCCACUCAUGCUGUGUGUGAAGAUGCUGAUGCCGUUUUGUCAACUAGCUAGCAUCAGCUACGCCUACGGGCAAGCUGCUGUUAGCAUGCACUAGCUAUCUUUUUUUUUUUAAUUUUGUAUUUUUUUUUACACGAAACAAGAGAUGAUACACGGGGAUGUGCGGUUAAAUGUAAUAAUGUGGUGCGAAUAGUCAGCGACGUUCAACAUAAACGGACAAAUCUGGAUGUAACUGCUCAUUGUCAAAGUUUUGUAUGAACAUGGAUCCGGCGUGCAGUGCUUCUGGCUCUCCAGCUGGUCUCACGGUCCAGGUUUGCUUCCCCGGUGCUCGAGCUGCCGUUCUGGACAACCUGAACCGGCAGCGGGAGGAGGGCCGGCUGUGUGACCUCUCCAUCCAGGUUCAGGGUCAAGUGUUUAGGGCCCAUCGCUGUGUCCUCGCUGCAUCAUCGCCUUACUUCCAUGACCAGGUGUUACUGAAAAAUGUCACAACAGUUUCCCUGCCUUCAGUUAUGGACCCAGUGGCCUUUGAGAGUGUCUUGAGUUCUGCGUACACAGGCCAGCUGAGCAUUGUGCAUGACGACAUUGUCAACUAUGUCACUGUGGCCAGUUUCCUCCAGAUGUGGCACAUUGUGGACAAAUGCACUGAGAUCCUAAAGAGGCCUCGUCCCUCAGCAGACGUCACCCCCGGAGAGGCGGUGGCAACUCAUCCAGGUACUGCCUCCAGACAGCAAUCCCCGAGCAGCACCGACUGUUUAUAUAUAGAAAGAGAAGGUAGAAGGAAGGAGAGGAAGCCCGAUGCUUUGCCUCCUUUAGCUACAUGGAGACGCCCCCAGCAGCAGUUUCCAAGAUGGGGUCGAACACGGCCCUCAUCAGCGCAGCACUCAGCUGACUCUCAACUGGACACUCUCCCCGGCUAUGCAGAGAGUGAGUACACCAGCUGUGAGGAGGCAUGGGUUUCAAGUCAUGCCAAAACGAGCCACUUUGCUCAUGAUGGACCUGGUCACAAUAGCCGACACCAUGGGGCGCUCCUUAGCAGUGAAGCAUUAAGGCAGAAAGUCAGGUUUCAACAGCGGGGUGCACCGCAGAACACUGAUAGAUUACCUGAUAAGAAUAGAGAGAGUGGGGAGAGUGAUGAGACUCAAGAGAAGAAAAAGAAUGAGAAGAGAGAGAUCGAGGCAGACGAGGGAGUUGGGGAAGAGGAGGUGGACAAGAAACAAGGCUUUGCACAAAUGGGACACUGUGCAGAUUUCCACCCAGUUUCAAAUCAGAACGAGGAAGCAGAAGAGGCCAUGGGGAAGGCGAAUGUGGAGGAGAUGAAGGAAAAAGUGCAGAGGGAUUUGGCAGGAAGUAAUUCAUCCUCAGAUCCUCCCUCUUGUCCGCCAAGUGAAGGACUCCAGGGCCCCUCUUGUCCGGCUUCGGCUCGAAUGCAGUGGGCGGCAGGUUCAUGGUCUCAGCAGGAGCAGAGACCACAAGAAGGAGAGGCCGGCAGCUGCAGUAAAGACGAAGAUGAUGAAGAAGAGGAGGAGGAUGUGGACUUUGAGUGCUUCACAGAAGGCACUUUCAGCAGAGACACGUAUGAUGAGAUCGAAGAUGGCACAGGACAGGUUUCCCAGAGGCCUUUAGUUCCUGUAUCUCCUGACUUCACCAUGGCAGGUUCGGAGGUGAACUGGCCCUCCACUAGCGUCGCACAAGCCAGUUCCCUGACCCCCACCUCCAGUCGCCACUUGUCAUCAUCCUCUGCGGCCUUUCCUCCCUCUUCACCUCCCACUCCAUCCUCAUCAUCGUCGGUGUCUCUCGCCGGUGCCAGCUACACAGGCAAAGUCCACUUCUGCCACUGCGGCAAAGCCUACACCCUGAAGAGCAUGCGUGACCGACACGUGAAGAUGCAGCACCUGAAUCUGCGGCCGUUCGGCUGUCCAGUUUGCACAAAGUCCUUUAAGAUGAAGCACCAUCUCACCAAGCACCUUAAGACCCACGGCGGGCUGAGACCCUACGAGUGCAGCCUAUGUGGGAAGAAAGUUAUCUGGAGAGACAGUUUCCUCAGACACCAGGCCCGGUGUGAGAGACUGGCCUCCAGCUCCUCCGCCAACAGCAACAACACAAGCACAACAGCAGCGGAUAUCGACGGCAGCUACAACUACACAUUCGGUGAAGGUGAGGCUUUUCUCGCACCAGGAGGUCCGGUUAAAGUCGAGCAGGUGGACUUUCAUGGGGAGAUGGAGGAUGGGAUGGAUGGGCUGUUGGGGAGUGUGUCUGGGAUUGUGGAUGAGUUGAGAACUCAGUCACAAAGUCUGGACACUGGGAGCCAUGUUUUUAAAGAGGAGGCCAAUGAGAGCUUUAGCUAAGAUGAACACAGCACCUAAAAUGUAUGUACACAAAUACUGUACAUAUGGAAAGGAUUUUGUCAUAAUGACUUUUAAUUUUUAUGCACACGAUCAUUGAGCGUGUCGUUGAGAAGGUACUUGUGUUUUUUUCUCUUUGUAUAAAUCAUAGAUUAUGUAUAAAGAUGGAUGUGUACAUGCUAUACCUUAAAACAGGUACAGCCAAGAUUUAUUCCUUAAGAGUAAAUUAUCCCAAGAUGGGCCCACUGGUAUCAUUUUAGAAACAAUGCAUUUUUCUAGAUAUGAAGAGCAGCACUUGAAUAAGAAAAAUGAGCACAGUUCAGAUUCACCUCCAUCUUUAAGCACUUAUGGAAGCAUUAUAUUGCAAUAUCACAUCUUAUUUUUAAAGCCAAAAUAUGGGAUUUGGAUAUGACAAUCUGUUCGCAGUCUGAAUAAAAAUAAUUUGGAUUGUUCUUGUUAACUGUUGAAAUACGUCUGAUUUUACAUUGAUACACAAGGCAAGGCAGUAGUUGGUUGUUGUAUUGCAUGCAGUGGUAAACUGCAAAAGUGAGAUUUCCAGCAUUUGAUAAUACCUGGAGUACACUUAUAAAGUUUUUGAGGCCAACAUUACAAAUGAGGAAUAGCAAGAAAACAUUCAUGAAACAUACAAAGACUCCUAAAUGAACUUAUUUUUACCUGAAUACAGGGGCUUCUGCUGAGUUAAGUUGCUUCUCCAAGGCCAUGAUAGGGACACUUAUUUAGCCCGUUGUUACCUACUGUCAUGUAAAUUUUACCAGAUGAAGAACAGUAAUUAUUUGCUAACAGAAACCCUGGCCAAGACAUGACAUCUGUAGCUAGAUACAUUUCCUCCUAUAUUAAAAGUUUUGAUAUCAGUUUGUCAUUACAGUCAAUCAAUAGGUUUUAUUUGAUUGAAUGACGUAUUAAAAACAAAUUCAUCAGAAACCAGUUGGAAAAAUUUUUUUGCCAUGCACUUUUAUUAUGACCAGUACUGCAGCCAGCCACCACGGGGCGUUGAAUAUAUUUCGGUUUCAUCAUGUCAUCCAUCUUUAUAUACAAUCUGUGGUGCGAUAACUUUUUUUCACUGUGUUUAUUUUUACAGAAGAAAAAGGAACAAUCAUACACUUCAAUAAACAAUCUUUGUCCAUUUUGCAGUGUCAUGUAGGAUCAGUUUGUUCUUGUUUAGUGAUGCUGUAAACUGUCCAUCUGUAACAGUGUUGUGAAUGUACUUCUUGAACCUGAAUAAAAUUCAUUUGCAUUUUGCACUUAAA